AUGGCCGGCACCACGGCCGUCCCUGCGGUCCUCAGUGACACCCUGAGCACAGCUGGGGCUGCUGUCCCCGUCCCCAGUGACACUCUGGAGAUGAGACUGGGUACAGACACUCUCCUUGUGCCCAGUGACACUCUCGAGGGCUUGAGUUCCACUGCUGUCCCCAUCCCCAACAUCAACUUUGAGGGGUUGAGACUAGGUAUAGCUGCUGUCCCUGUGCCCAACACCACCCUUGAGGGGCCUGUCCCUGUCCCCAAUGCCACCCUUGAGGGGCCUGUCCCUGUGCCCAAUGCCACCUUUGAGGAGCCAAGAGCAGGCAUGGCUGCUGUCCCUGAUGCCACCCUCAAGGAGCCGAGGCUGGACAUGCCCACUGUCCCUGUAGUCAAUGCCACCCUCAAGGAGCCACACCAGGCACAGUCGCUGUCCCCAUCCCUGACACCAGAAGGGCCACAAGCAGCCACAGCCGCUGUCCCUGUCCCCAGUGACACCCUCAGGGGGCCAAGAGCAGGCAUGGCCACUGUCCCUGUUGCCAAUGAAGUGAUCCGCAAGCGUCUUCUCAUCGACGGCGAUGGAGCAGGGGAUGACAGGAGGAUCAACCUGCUGGUGAAGAGCUUCAUUAAGUGGUGCAACUCUGGAUCUCAAGAAGAAGGUUAUAGCCAGUAUCAACGAAUGCUGAGUACUUUAUCACAGUGUGAAUUUUCAAUGGGAAAAACUCUUCUCGUGUAUGAUAUGAACCUGAGAGAAAUGGAGAAUUAUGAAAAAAUCUACAAAGAUAUAGAAAAUAGUAUAGCUGCAGCGCACGAGAAGAUUUCUGAAUGCAAAAAGCAAAUCUUGCAAGCAAAAAGGAUUCGAAAAAAUCGCCAGGAAUACGAUGCAUUGGCCAAAGUCAUACAGCAUCAUCCCGAUAGGCAUGAAACACUGAAAUGUAGCUUGGAUGCUACUGGGAAAAAAAUAAAGCAUCUUUCUCACAUUAAAGAAAAUGUUGAAGAUAAGUUGGAGCUGAGAAGAAAACAGUUCCAUGUUCUUCUGAGCACCAUUCAUGAACUUCAGCAAACCCUGGAAAAUGAUGAAAAACUUUCAGAAGCUGAAGAAUCUCAAGAAACUCAGAUGGAAACAGAGACCAAGCAGUAGAUGUACCAUACACUUAAUGCAGAUUGUCCAGAUGUCUUUACUUUGUGUUGAAACCAACAGUAAAAGAGCAAGAGCUGAAAAAAAUGGAGUUUUCAGCUGUUUCUGUGAAUUUGACCAGUGUAGGAAUUCCGAUUAAUAUUUUUAUACAAAAAUACUUGUUUUGUGCUCUAGGGAGAACAUUUUCCAA